AUGUUUCAUGUGGUCCGAAGCUCUUUGGAAACUAAUAGACGUGGAGAAUUUAUACAUCGACCACCAAAAAUUAAUGUUUUUGCUUAGAUUAGUAAUUGGGUUUUCUUUUCUGAAAAGCAUAAUAACCAAAACCUGGAGUAAUUGAAAGAUCAAGUGUGGGAAUGGCGUUGCAAUUCACUAGUACCUGUAACUUUGCUUUUAGCCAGAGAAAGGUUGAACGAAUCAGGGCAGUUGCUUCAGAUGGUUUUGUGAAGGUGCAAACCGAGGAAGAUAAGUUCGUGAAGCUGGGUGGUUCUGAUUUGAAGCUCACAAAGCUUGGGAUUGGAGCUUGGUCAUGGGGCGAUACCAGUUAUUGGAACAAUUUCGAAUGGGAUGAUAGGAAGAUGAAAGCUUGUAAGAACGCAUUUGAUGCAAGUAUAGAUAGUGGUAUAACUUGGUUCGAUACUGCUGAGGUUUAUGGCUCCAGGUUCUCAUUUGGCGCGAUAAAUUCUGAAACACUACUUGGAAGAUUCAUUAAGGAACGUAAGAAGAAGUAUCCGGAAGAUGAGAUAGCUGUUGCAACUAAAUUUGCAGCAUUACCAUGGAGGCUUGGGCGCCAAAGUGUCCUCUCAGCCCUUAAGGACUCAUUGAGUCGACUCGAGCUUGACUCAGUUGAACUCUAUCAACUCCACUGGCCAGGAAUUUGGGGAAACGAAGGGUAUAUUGAUGGUCUUGGAGAUGCAGUGGAUCAAGGGCUUGUGAAGGCUGUUGGAGUCUCCAACUAUAGUGAAAAGCGUCUUCGUGAGGCUUAUAAACAGCUAAAGAAACGCGGUAUCCCUUUGGCUUCAAACCAAGUCAAUUACAGUCUCAUUUACAGGAUACCUGAGGAAAACGGUGUCAAGGCUACUUGUGAUGAACUUGGGAUUAGUUUAAUCGCGUAUUCACCUAUUGCUCAAGGAGUUUUGACGGGAAAGUAUACCCCACAAAACAUCCCGACAGGUCCUCGAGGAAAUAUUUACACUGCCGAGUUCCUAACCGAGUUGCAACCGCUUAUAAACAGGAUCAAGGAGAUUGGAGAGAGCUAUAAGAAAACUCCAACACAAGUGGCUCUCAAUUGGCUCAUAGCUCAAGAUAAUGUGAUCCCAAUUCCCGGAGCCAAAAAUGCAGAACAAGCACAAGAAUUUGGUGGGGCAUUGGGUUGGAGACUAACUAGUGAUGAGGUUGAUGAGCUUCGUGAUUUAGCUUCAAAAUCAAAACCCACAAUAGGUUUUCCCGUUGAAAAGAUGUAAAUUACCAAUACACAUUUCAUUUUUUGUAAUUAAAAAAAUAUAUAUAUAGAUACUUUGUUACUGAUAUAGAUCCAAUACAAACAUAUUUUUGUUUA